AUGGCCCAUUCAUAUGCUCGACCAUCUCGGCAGAAUGCAAAGGCCGAGUUUGCCGGAGUUCUGUCGAUGAAGUGGACCGCUAGGAAGUGUUGGCCGAAGCUGGGCCAUGGUGACUUCAAGUUUUCCCGUGCACCCGCCCGGCGCCCUCGAUUGUCAUCCGCGUCCCUGGGAAACCUAGGGACUGGGGGUGGUGUUCUUUUCAUGCAGACCGUGGAUGAUGAUCUGGCGGUCAGGCCCGGGGGCUCCCCAAAAUUACCGAAAGAAGAAAGGGGACAGGUGGUCGAAGGGGCGCGAUGGUGGCAUUUGACGUCCGCAAUGCCGCCGGCUGGGGCCGCCGGCCGUCGUUUCGACGAAGCUGAGUUGAAGGUCGAUGGGGCACUAAAAAAGAAGCGCCGGGAGAGCCAGAGAUCCGGCGAUCUGUCUGUCACAAUACGAGUACGGUACCAUACCACCGAACAGGCUGGGCUGCGACGAUUCCAGCACCGAAUGACUUUAUCUCCCAUAGUUAGUAGCGUAGUAGCUGAAGUACCCCCGGGAUCGACCCUGCUCAAGGCGUCAUCGCCUCCCGCGAAUACCAGUACCAUACACUAA